UUCACAGCCAAUGCUGUGACGUCCAACUGUGAGAUGGACAUGUAUGCCAUCUAUGAUUCGGUGGGUUUGACGUCUACAGACAACAGAGACACGGACAACAGGCCAGCACCAGGAAGGGUUGUAUUCAAACACGACCUGGACAAGCUGAGUGAAGCAGUUAAUGAGCUACAGCUGGGGAAGGUUGAAGUCGUCCAUGGAGUGAGUGACCCCGAGUCUUAUCCUGUUCUACAUCACACCAUUGACUGCAAGGAAGAUGGGGACGGGGAGGAUCCUUCGGUGCGUGACGUCACAGUGUUUACUGUUGAUGGCAUCAAAAUAACGGUAGUUGCAGGUUACAAUAACAAGAGACUCAAAACAUAUUACACAUCAAACUUCAAAUCCUUUCAUAAUCAGCUUCUGCUUUCUAAUUAUCCUUGGCAAAUAGCCAAGUUAAGUGAAAGUCAGAUAGCUGUCAGUGUUCCAGGCAGUGAGGAAAUAGUUACAGUAAAUGUUACCCCAGAUCCUGUUAUACUGUCGACUAUCAAAACAAGCAAGGUGUACUACGCUCUAGCCUCUCUGAGUCCUUCACAGCUGGCGGCAGGUACAUGGAGACAGUCUCACUCUGUGGACAUACUGGACAUGACAGGGAGGAUACUGAGGUCUAUCAACACGGGGGUGACAGGGAAUCCAGACCACAUCCACGUCACCAGGAACAACAACUUGGUAGUCAGUGAAGGGAAAGUAAAAUCUCUUGUAUGUGUGACCAGUGAAGGAGCCGCUGUUUUCACCUACACUCCCACAGGAGACAGAGCUCUGUCAUAUCCUCGGGGUAUCACAACAACCAGCACGGGAGAUAUCCUGCUUGUAGACUCUAGCGCCCACAAGGUGAUUCAGCUGACAGAGUCGGGGCAGUUUGUCAGAGAUGUCCUCACACAACAGGAUGGUCUGGAAUAUCCUGAUGGUGUCUGUCUUGAUGCUGACGGCCUGCUGUAUGUUACUUCCAGAAGAUAUGUAAAAGUGUUCAAAUUCUUCAGGCGCUGAAUACGGAAAUAGAGAUAACUUUGAUCUCCCUACACAGUUGAAUCUUUCAAAAGUUGACUGCUGCUUUAGGUCCAGAUCGGAUCCAGUUCUUCCCUUACACACGUAGGCCGUCAUGUCAUUGGUUAAAUAUAGGGCGACCUGACACCAGUAGUAGUCUGACAUGAUAGAAGUACUUCUCAAGUAGACCUAGCACCAGUAGUAGUCUGACCUGAUAGAAGUACUUCUCAAGUAGACCUAGCACCAGUAGUUGUCUGACCUGAUAGAAGUACUUCUCAAGUAGACCUAGCACCAGUAGUAGUCUGACCUGAUAGAAGUACUUCUCAAGUACAUUUGGGAAAGGAACGCACAAUGACAGCACUGAAUGAGGACAGCACCACACGAGAGAUCACGUGACCUAGACAGAUGAUAUUGGACAGUAUUGUUGUUUCAUGUUGUUUAUAGAACAGUAAUGAUGUGUUGUGUAGUGUACUAUAUAUCUGACGUGUGUUGUCAUGGAGAAACCUUUUCACAUAAUCGCGCAUGCUAUCGGUCUUUAGAUUAUCAGUUCGACAACCCUCUCCUAAUGUUUUAAAGGGGCGCUUAACUCUUAUAAAAUACCACUAGCGUUCGGUGAUCUACAGCGGAUAUAAUAAUGUGUGGAUGCUAUGAGAACUGGUUGAGUUCAGUAAAUGUACUAAUUUGGAGAUAGUAAUGUUUUUCACACUAUGAAUGAAUGACAUAUUUCAUCCAUCAUUGUGUAUUGCAAUAGUUCGUGAUACAUUUUAAUUGCUAAACGUGUUGAGAUCUGUAUAUAAAAGUCUAAUGCACAGUCAAACAUUUUCAAGGGUAACCUCCCAAAACCCCUACAUCCCAUUUCCCCUACAGCUUAAGACAACAAAGUUCACGGUCCAUGGCACUGCUAAUCCCUAGUCUGUUACCUAUGUCAUACAAUGGAACAACCCAAGAAA